AUUGGAGAUGCUCUUACCACCAAUAUCGCCGACGGGAAGUCAUCCGUCACUCGGGUUUUCCUCUUGCUCCAGUUGAUCUUGUAUCUCAAACCUAGUAACCCCCUUGAGACCCCAAGGAAGCACUAUUCGAACUAUCUGUAAUUGCCCCAAUGGAACCGGAGCAUCGCAAACGGCCUUUUUCCGAAUUAGAAUCAUCGGAGCCAACUGAACGUGCAUUUGAACGUUUCGCACAAUUUGUUCCACCUCACAUUGAUCCAAAAACAACUUUUGAAUUGUUUCUGAAUAAGGCGGGGUUGGAACUUGUCGACAAAUAUCUCGAUGAUCUGAAUAAUUUCUCUCAUCAAGUGCCUGCUAAUGUGCAUUUCAGCUCAUUUUGUUCGAUCUGGCAUAUGUUUGUUGCUCGAGAAUGUUCGGUUAAGAGUAUGGCAAAUACGUUUCAAAUUCAAGACAACGAAGACCUGAAGGACCAAGCUGUUCGACUUGCUUUCCUGCGAAAUCACCCCAACUAUUUUACCGACAAAACGAUCACUGUCUCCAAUAUGAUUGAAGCACUCCUACAAUCUUCCAAUGAAGCGGCCGAGCAAUAUAUAUCAUCUCUAGCGACAAAACCUGACAGCGAAGCCAUAACCUCACGAAUAAGCCUUGAUAUUAUCAAGAAAGGUUAUGAUGGGGCUUACAUGAAAUCAGAACUUAUCGUUCUUCCAAUCUUGAAAAAACUUCGAAAGCAAGCAGCCAGCUGGAUUGAAACCGCGUAUCAUUCCCCGUAUACAUCCCUGGUUGCCCCGUCGACGAGUGGAAAAACUCGAUUGUUAACCGAGCUAUCGAAGCAUGUAUGUGUAGUUUAUAUCUGCCUUCGCGAUAAGGACUCCACUGGGCAGCCACCCCGAUCAGCGCUGGCUUCUGCUAUGACACCAACCACGGUCGUAGAUUUUUCAAAUUACUACGAGAACCUCCUCAUCGCUAUUUUCGAGGUGGUGACCGACUUCUUUCGAGGUAGCCGUCCGGACAAAGGAAAAGUCUUAAAGAAUUGGUUCGACUACCACUGCCCUAAGAAUUUGGAACCAGAACAGCCAACCCAGUUUUCGAGGGACGUUUUGAACAAAUUGAAUGAUUGCUACUCUCUGAUACAAAGUGGCAAAAGCAAGAAGGCUUCCACACGACUCAAAGUCGCCGUCAAUGACAUGUUCACCCAAACCAAAUUCAUUGACUCUUCCCUGACCGUAUUACUUGCAAUCGAUGAGGCGCGGUCAUUACUCUUGACACCCAAGCAAUCAUCGAAGGAAUUCUCAUUCUUCCGUAACUUCCGUCGUGCUUUACAACAUAUACCUACAAACCAAGGCUUUUUCGCCAUAUUAGCCGAUACGACUUCCCAGGUUGCCAAUUUUAACCCAGCACCCAAAAAUGAUCCUAGCGCAAGAGAUGAGAUCGAUGCCGGUGAUUGGCUUUUCGAUCCGAUAUAUCAAAUCUCCACGCUUGACGUCCUGGUCUCGCCCAAUCUGCCUCGAUCCUGGAAAGAAUUGGUGUCAGCUGCUCGACUGGUCAAUUAUGGAAGUCCAGUUUUCGGUACAUACUGGCGCGUUGCGGAAGCCGAGGGAAUGGAACCAUUGGAAAUCUUCGACCAUAUCGUCAGGUUGGCACAAUCCAAGCUACUUUGUUCAACCAAGCAGCCCCUACCGGCCAAGCUCACCAAAUAUCAAGUCCUCGCAUUGCUGGGCCCAAACAUCCAGCCACGGCUCAACGGCACUUUGCACUUAAACUCCGAGCUAGUUUCAUCGCAUGCAGCUCAUUGUAAUUACAUUUCACCAGGGCGCGACCUGAUUAUCUCUAAUUACCCGUCACAGUUUACCUUGGCAUGUGCAGCAAAUAAAAUUUUGGCAGGUGAAGAAAUUCUCAUUCGCUGCAUCAAGGAGCUCACUACCAUUCUGCGCCUCGGACUUGAUGCCAAAGGAACUGCCGGAGAGCUAGCUAGUAGAAUUAUCUUAUCAUGUGCGAUGCGUAAUGCCAUGAAACUCAAGGAAGAUUUAGACGAAAUACCCUACGGCUGCUCAGUUCGAUUGGCUGACUUUUUGAAGGCUUUGACCGGUAAACCAGAAGAGGAAUUGCAGCUCGGCCAAAACCUCCCCGCAAAAACUCGGAAAGAACUCUUGGGCAACGGGAUGGUUUUCUGGAACCAUUUCACUCAAAUCUAUUACACGCCGAACUCAAACGAACUGUUACACUUCCUUUAUCGAGGGCUAGCCGUGCAAUGCAAACCAUUGCAGCCAGGUUUUGAUCAACUAUUCACUAUCUAUCUCAAAAAAGGUCCGGAUCGUCUCGAUGAGCAGAACGUCACUUUCUGUGGUGUUCAAGUAAAGAAUACCCUAACCCAGCCCAGUCUCGUCGCUGACAAUCACAAAUGGACCGCCCAAUACUCUGGCAUCCAGAUCACGAAGGGCAAUCCAUAUCUGGUGCUUUUCAUGAGCCUGAAGACGGAAGGCAAAACUGCUCCUUUACCCAAGGGAGAUAAACUGCGAGCGUCCCAAGUAUUCCAUGGUUUGAAGAGCUUUGACUGUCUUACUGAAGAAGUAGUCAAAGCCCUACAAGAAAUGAUAGAUGUUGAACCGAACAUACCAUCACUUCAUGAUGAUGACGAUGGAGAACGAUACGCCAACCUAAUUAACCCAUUGGUAUAUACUCGCCCCGAGGGCUAAAGCAUCCAGAUCGCAGCAUAUGAUUAACCCAUUGCAUAUCAUUAACCCAUUGGCAUUUACUUGUCUGGAAGCUGUCCACAGCGCCAAAUCAUCACCAUUUCAACGUAUCAAGUUGCUUAUUAUCCAACUUAUUAAUUUAUUGCUCUUGCACUCAUGUGUGGAGUUCGUUGCAAACCAAGUUAUACCCUGUUUUUCCUUUUGCUAAUUGAAAUGUGAAACUGCACUGAUAAAAAGUCUUGAAACAAGGAAAGCUCAUCA